AUGGAUAAUUCCUCCAUCAAUUUCGACGACGAGAAUUCCGCCAUUGUUUCAGCACUCCAGUAUGUCAUUUUCGGCGGAAACGUCGCCAGUCCGAGCAGCGAUAUAAUCGGAAAUUCUCAGAGUCAGCCGUUGCCGGUGGAGCAUGAAAUCUGUGGGGAAUGUGGAAUGCGAAUCCCAGAGCUUUGUUUGGGGUGUCAGAUGUUUACCGCCGGUAGUGGAGAAGAGACAGGAAAGAAAAUGAAGAACGUUUAUAGAGGAGUUCGUCUCCGGCCGCCGAGGAAAUGGGCGGCGGAGAUAAUGGUUCCGGGGACGAAAGAGCGGAAGUGGUUGGGGACUUUCGAGACUGCAGAAGAGGCUGCCAGAGCUUACGAUGUCGCCAACAUUCAGUAUAGAGGAAACAAGGCGAAGACAAAUUUUCCGGCGGAGGAGUACCAGGAAACCCAGACGUAG